UGGGCGGGUCACGCGUACUGUAUUUCUGGCUUGUUGUUUUGAAGGCCUACGGGAGGAGAGGGGGGUAAAAAAAAAACCGAGUUAAAGAUGGCGGAAAUCGAGGGAGAUGAGACUGCUCGGCCCGCAGCAGCGCCCCGCGUUAACGGCUCUGGUAACCAGACCCCGACCAUGGUGACCUCGGGUCCGCGUAUGGUUCGGAUCGUAAAGUCGGAAUCGGGAUACGGAUUCAACGUCCGCGGUCAAGUGAGUGAAGGCGGCCAGCUGCGGAGCAUUAACGGGGAGCUGUACGCUCCUCUCCAGCAUGUCAGCGCCGUGUUACCCGGGGGUGCGGCGGACCGGGCCGGUAUAGUGAAAGGAGACCGAAUACUAGAGGUUAACGGGGUGAGCGUGGAGGGGGCGACGCACAAGCAGGUGGUGGAUCUGAUCAGGGCUGGAGAGAGGGAGCUGGUGUUGACCGUGCUCUCUGUGCCGGCACAGGAAGCAGACGGACUUGAAGGUGGCGAGGAAAGCACUGUGCAGCCCAAUUACGACUACAGCGACAAGCAGGCCGUCCCCAUUUCAAUCCCCACAUACAAACAUGUGGAACAGCACUCAGAGAAGUUUGUGGUGUAUAAUGUGUACAUGUCGGGCAGACAGCUGUGCUCAAAGCGUUACAGGGAGUUCGUGAUUCUUCAUCAGAACCUGAAGAGAGAGUUUUCCAACUACAAUUUCCCAAAGCUUCCAGGGAAAUGGCCCUUUUCUCUGUCUGAACAGCAGCUGGACGCUCGCAGGAGGGGGUUGGAGGAAUACAUGGAGAGAGUGUGUUCAGUGCGGGUCAUUGGUGAGAGUGACAUUAUGCAAGAAUUCCUGUCUGAAUCGAACGAGAAUAACAACGGCAUAAGUGAUGUCGAGCUACGAAUAGCACUGCCUGAUAAAACCACAGCCUCAGUAAGAGUCAGAAAGAAUAGCACCACUGACCAGGUCUACCAGGCUCUUGUCAUAAAGGUUGGGAUGGACAGCAUCAUGGCCAGUUACUUUGCUCUCUUUGAAGUUAUUAACCACUCGUUUGUGCGCAAAUUGGCUCCUAAUGAGUUCCCGCACAAGCUCUAUGUUCAGAACUACACCUCUGCCGUGCCUGGGACGUGUCUCACAAUGCGGAAGUGGCUCUUCAGCACACAGGAAGAGGAACUGCUGCGGGACAACCCUCUUGGCCUUCACUACUGCUUCCAUCAGGCACAGGAUGAUGUGAAGAAGGGAUUCAUUAAAGCAGAGGAUAAAGCGUACCAGCUGCAAAAACUAGCAGAACAGAGAAAGAUGACAACGUAUCUGAGUCUUUUGCGCUCAUGUGAGGGAUAUAACGAGGUGAUGUUCCCUCACUGUGCAUGUGACUCACGGAGGAAAGGUCAUGUGAUCACAGCCAUCAGUAUGAAGCAUUUCAAACUGCACGCCUGCACAGAGGACGGCACUCUUGAGAAUCAGGUGAUCGUUUUCGAAUGGUCAGAGAUGCAGAGAUGGGACACCGAUGAAGAGGGAAUGGCCUUCUGUUUUGAAUAUGUGCGUGGAGAAAAGAAACCUCGCUGGGUCAAAAUAUUCACUCCUUAUUUUAACUACAUGCACGAGUGCUUUGAGAGGAUUUUCUGUGAGCUCAAAUGGAGGAAAGAGGUUGAAGACGAGGCCUCUGACAAAGGCAAUAAAAACUGUAGUAAUAAUGAUUACCUCUCGCCACUGGAGCAGCAGAAGGGAUGGCGCCACCUAGGGGGCGAGAUUGCCACUUCCUAAAACUCCCCUCUAGAGCCCCUGUGGAACUGCGCUGGAUCAUCACACUAAAGCAGACCAUAAUGACCAUCUUACCACGGCAACACCCUAGCGACGCCAUACCAACCAUGUUUCCCACGGAGACAAAAGUGUGCCUUUCAGAUGCAGAGCGUUCAAAAUGACAACAACGCCAACGCAAAAUGCCAUCAUCGUGGCAAAGCAGACGCAUAACUAUCGCCACGGGGAUGUUUCGCACCAAUGGGUUCUGCUGUCAUUUCAUCAAUAGAUACUUUGAACUCGCAUAAGUACAUGUAAAAUAACACAUAGGACCAGACCUAAAGAUCUUCCACGCCAUCGGUUUAGGAGGCACGCUCUUCUGUAAGUCUACUUUAGAGCACUGUUAUCACCGCAGUAAAGUCACAAAUGACCACUUUGUGAUUUGAACAACAGGCGCUAUCGAAAAAAAUCAGUAUAUAUGGGA